AUGGUAGGUGAACAAAUGAAGAUCGAUAAAAAAGAAUUUGAAGAAUAUUUAGGAAAACGUUUAUGUGAUAAACAAUUUUCAUUUGUUGGUCAAGGAGCAUAUGGAAAAGUUAUACGAUAUAAAUAUGGUCCAUUAUCAUUAGCCAUGAAAUUCAUUAUGAAUAAUAGAGUAUUUACUUGUGUCGAUGAUUAUUUAUGGAAAAUAAAUUCAACAAUGACAGAUAAUCAAGUCGAACAUGUUCAUUAUCGUUCUGGUUGUUCAGCUUAUGGUCAAGGUUAUUAUAAUGGUGAAGCGUAUGCCUAUUAUAAAGCCAAUAUAUUUAUAAAUACAAAUUUUAUUCCAACAUUCUACGAUUAUUUUAAUAUGCCAAAAUCAAAAAUGGAUGUGAUUAUUAUGGAUUUAGUUGAACAUUCUCUAACAUUAAGAUCGAUGAUUGAAACAAAUUAUAUUGAAAAAGUUAUUAUUGAUCCAGGAAAUAUUUUGUAUAAAAUUCAAUUUAUUCUUAAAAUGUUAUUGGAUUUAUGUAAAAAAUUGAAAAUAUUAUUGAUAAAUUUAAAUGUUGUUCAUCUCGAUUUACAUUCUAAAAAUAUUUUAUUUAAUAAGAUCACAAAGGAUAUACAUAUUAUCGAUUUUGGUUAUAUCGAUGUGACAACAAAUAUUGAACGAAAACGAUCACCAAUUCAAUUUACUUUUGCUAAUGAUACCACUUUUAUUUCUAGUGUAAAAAACAGAACUCAACAAUCAUCAAUUAAAAUUGCUAUACUCUAUCCUCCCGAACUAUUACAUGCUUAUGCUAAAGAUCUUAGUUACAAUGCUGCAAAAACUCAAAUAUAUUUUAUGGGAGCAUUAUUUUAUGAACUAUUAACAAAAAAACGUUUCUAUUUAAAUUACAUAGAACAAUUACGACAUGAAUUUCUGGAGGGUAUGUCUAUAGGAUAGUUACAACAUCUUUAAGGGCUCCUCGCGCUUUUCUGUUAUCCCUGCAACAUUCUAUUAUUGUUUUUUUUUAG